AUGUCGCACCAAAUGUCCCACAUGGGCCCUCGGGUACCCUUCAACCACGACAACAGCACCGACGCCGAGGCGGAGUACGAUCGGCUCCGCGAUCUCGCGCGCCAGGAAGCCUCCAAGCGCGGCGAAUGUUUCAGCCGGUCGAAGGAAGCCUACUCGAGCGGCGAUGGCGCCGCCGCCAAGCAACUCUCCGAGGAGGGCAAGGCCCACGGCCGCAAGAUGGAGGAGUACAACAAACAAGCGUCUGAGUUCAUCUUCCGCGAGAACAACGCGAACGGGCGCGUCGAGGCCGACACCAUCGAUCUGCACGGCCAGUUCGUCGAGGAGGCCGAGGAGAUCCUGGAAGAGCGGAUCAAGUACGCCAAGUCGCACGGGCAGAAUCAUCUUCAUGUUAUCGUCGGCAAGGGAAACCACUCCGCGAAUCACGUCCAGAAAAUCAAGCCGCGCGUCGAGCAGGUUUGCCGUGAGUUGGGGCUGCAGUAUGCCACCGAGGACAAUGCCGGUCGCAUUUACGUCAACCUGACUGGCGGUGAGGCUGUUAUGCCUCCCUCGACUGGUCACCACGGCUCGUCUGGAUACCCUGGACAACAGGGUCACCAACAGGGACACCAGCAGCAGCAACAGCCGGACGAGCUCGAGGAGCUUGCCAAGAAGGUGUUGCCCAAGGUUCUGCGCAAGCUCGAGAAGGCUUGCUGUGUGGUUAUGUGA